AUGGCCCCAGACCAGGAACAACAUGGCCCCCGGACCAGGAACCUGAGCCCAGUUGUGGACCGUGCACAGGUUGCCGUCGUCAUCCUCUGGCCGCUCGAUAUCAUUAAUGUGGAACACGCUGCACUCUGGGUUUCAAAUCCGGACGACCACAAACGACGGCUAAACCAAACAUGCCUCGCAGGCAAUCAAACUCGCGGUAGUGGCGUCCGAUUACACACGCGUCGACCUUGCGACCCUGCGACGAACCCUGCGAACCCUGCGCGCCGGGAGCUGCGGACCGACCCUCCUCUCCUCCCUACGAACCAACUGCGCGACGAUACGACUGCCAGACUUAAGCAGCCCGCCGCCCCACGAACACCCAUGAAACUGAACAGCCCGGGCUGCGGCGACGAUGCUUGCGCGCCGCCGGGCCUCGGCUCGUCCUCCACCCUCUCGACCCUCAUCUCUUUGACGCCCUUCAUCGUCACCUUCGGCGUCGUCUUCGUCCUGGUCUUGCGCAAUAUCUUCCCGCAGCUGUCGCGUGUGCAGCACUCCCGCGAUGGCGAGGACCAUUUCCUGCCCUCCGAUGCCCCGCUCUCGCUGCAGCAGGCCCACGCCGAACACGGCCUGAAGUCCGUCCGGCGACGGGUGGCCGCUGCCGCCUUCUCGACGACCGUCGGUCUGGCCUCGGUGCUGGCCGAGCUCAUACUGUGCGAGAUAUCUGAGCUGGUGAACCCGCAUGCCCGGGCGACAGCCCUCCGGAUCACCGUACCUGCGCUGCUGUUCUUCCUCAUUGUCGUCAUACCGUUUCUCGAACUGCAGUCUUUGAUAUCUGGCUCGGGGUGGUCAUUUCAGAGGACGUCCAAGGGCCGCAUCCCACGCACGGCCUGGAUACUCCAGUUUGCCGUGUUCGGACUAUGGCUGUUUGCGUUCUGGUCCCUUGGCAACUUGGUGCCGGUUGAGGCCGACACAGCACGCUCGAGCAGCAGCAGCAAGAUGGCCAAUAUGGCAAGCGAAAGUACCAGGACACUCGCACGUGCAUGUCUGGAACGGAUAGGUGUUAUUGGCAUCUCUCUCAUGGCGCUCCUCUCUGGCUUCGCCUCGGUUUCAUCGCCAUGGCACACCUUCGGCAGCAAGGCCUCCCGAAGACCGGUGUCCGACUCAGAUAUUGCCCGAAAGCAGGCCGGUCUCGAUGCUACAAACGAAAUGCUCCUCACCAAACGCCAUCAGCUACAGGCCCUACAACGCAACGUGGCGCAAACUUCCUCUGCGGAGAAGUCCGGCUUCUUCACCAAAGUGGUAGGGUCUUUCCGAGGCGGCGGUGCAGCAGCAGAAAUCCGUGGCCUCAAGCUCGAGAUAAAUGGUUUGGAAGCCAUGGAAGCGAACCUCUCCAACUCCUUGUCACAGCUACGCUCACGCCAGGCGAAUUCAGCACGUGCCGCGACGCCGCUGGGAAAACUACUUCUGAUUCCGACAUAUGGUUUCAGCCUCUAUUGCAUGUACCGCAUUGCGGCGACAAGCCUCACAACGCUGCGCAGAUUCUACUACCCGUCUGCCUCUUUCUCCUCGUCGGACCCGAUCAACCGCUUCCUCGGCCUCCUCGCCAAGCAUUGGGAUCCCAAGCUGGACCAGAUAGCCUGGGCGCGACAGAUCUCGUUCCUUCUGUCUGGCGUUAUUCUAGCCGCCAGUGCGAACUCGGCGCUCCAGACGUUCCACCUCUUUGCCAAGUGGACACCGGGCCUUCUCUAUCACGCCCAGGCGAAUCUUGCGCUCCUCAUCGGGCAGAUCAGCGCUAUCUACGUGAUCUCGGCCGCCCUUCUCUUGCGCAGCAAUCUGCCCAAGGAGGUUGGAAGUGUGGUUGGGGACGCACUCGAGAGCGCGCUGGAACCAGGUUUCGUGGAUAGGUGGUUUGAAGGCUGGUUCCUACUAGCCAGCGUUGCAACUGCAGGCGGGAUUUGGGUUGGCAGGAAGAUAGGGGAACUAGGCGAGGAUUGGGAUGACAUUGGCAUGGAGGAAAUGGGGCAGAAACGCUCAUGA